ACCACCUCCCGCGGUGCCGAGCAGCCCCGACCUCGGGGGCCUCGAUCAGGACCAUGAGCGCCGGCAGCCGCGGCACCGGUGAGGAGAGCGUGAAGGUGCUGAGGCUGACGCUGCCGAAUGAGGUCCCGGGUGAGAGGCGUGAGCAGAAGCAGAAGCCAGUGGGAAAAGCCUUUGCCAUGGUGGCCAACAGGGCCAGCAACGGGCACUCCCUGGCCUCCGAGUGCAUCAAAUCCAACAACGGCGACGAGGAGAUCAUCAAGGUUUAUCUCAAGGGACGCGCCGAGGGCGGCGUGAACCACGAGGAGCAUCUCAACCAGCUCAAGAGUGAAGUUCGUUACAUCCAAGAGGCUAGAAGUUCUUUGAAGAAGCUGCGGGAAGACUUAAGUAGUAAACUUGAGAACAGACAAGGAGAUAAACAGCACGCACAGGUGGCCCUGGAAAAGCAGAAUGGGAGCUGGCUGUACCCCCAGAAGCUGCGUGGUGACUCCUGGGAGGAGCAGGAGGAGGAGGAGGAGGAGGAUUGCUCUGGUGAGGACGUGGAGAAGAUCCGGCAGACGGCAAAGAGGCUGCUGACCAAGCUGCAGGAGGCUGAGAGGAGGCACCAGUUGGAGAGGAAAGCCUUUGAGCGCACGGUCUCGCAGUACCGGGAGGAAGCUGAGCAGACGAACGCUGCCCUGCGGAGAGCGGAGAGGAGGACGCUGGAGAAGGAGGUGGAGGUGGAGGAGCUGCAGAGGCUCCUGGCAGGGAUGGAGAAGGAGCAGAGGAGUUUGGUGCUGAAGAUGAAAGGGGGAGAAGCGGAGCUGGAGCGGCUGAGGAGCGUGGAAGGUGACAAGCUGGCCCAACAGGACCGGUCAGCCCAGCUGGAGAAGGAGGUGGCCACUCUGAAGGAGAAGAUCCACCACCUGGAUGACAUGCUGAAGAGCCAGCAGCGCAAAGUCAGACAGAUGAUCGAGCAGCUCCAGAACUCCAAAAUGGUGAUUCAGGCCAAAGAUGGUGUGAUCCAGGAGCUCAAGGAGAAAGUUGCUUACUUGGAGGCCGAGAACCUGGAGAUGCACGACCGCAUCGAGCACCUGAUCGAGAAGCAAAUCAGCCGGGGGGGUCACAGCUCCAGGGUUCGCUCCAAGUCGGAAUAUGUCAGCAGCCAAAGGCUGUCGGGUCCCAAGCCGCUGCCUCUGAUCCGAGUGGUGGAAACCUGAGGUUCUGAGGUCCGGUCCCAGUUGAAGACUCUUCCCCUUUGUUCUGGUUGACUGGAUUUCCCUGCUUGGCUGCCCUCCCCCGGUCUGCCCGGAGCAGCUGCUGGAGGGCUGAGCCCUGGAAAACCACGGCAGCCAAGGGCAGAGGGAGCCAGGGUGGUCCUGGCAGGAGGAGGAGGAUGAGGAGGAUGAGGCCAAAGGUCCCACAUCGCUGUCCCUCUGGGUCCUGAGGAUGCCACCUGGGAGGCUGGGACCUCUGAAUCCCAGGGUGGAUGCGGUGGCAGAGCCGGGCUGGCUUUCCCUUGGUCACUCCUGAGGUUGUUCUGCUUUUGCUUCUUGAAAAGGUUUGGUGGGAGCAGAGCCUUCUCCUCAGCUCACCAAGCAGUGCCCCGGGCUUUGACCUUUUCUGGAUUCAACCAACCAAACGAAGGAUGAUUCACAACAGAAGAAAACAAAUCCCCCUUCAAACCAGACUCCUUCCCGCACCAAAGCCCGAGGCCUGACCCGUUGGGAGCCUCCACUUCCCACCUCCAGCUGGUAUCUGGCUCCUCUGGACUUCUGGCAAAGGCCAGAAAAACCUCAGCGUUGUCACCGAGCUCCUCCCGAGGGCGUUAGGGAAACUGUACCCGAGGUGCGUGUAGUGUUUCACCCCAGAGGCUGCUUGGGUUUUGUUUACCCCGUAUUUAUUUCAAUAAAUUAUUGGUGUCUUCCAAUGAUGUGGUGACAGGCACGAUGGCUGCUUGGCCACCUCCACGGGAGCUCAGGUGAGGACUGCCUGUCCCAUGUUUGAACUGGAAAAUACCAACCAGCUUCCUCGGGGCUUUGCCAGUCCUUACCUGUCGGGUGUGUGCCUGGGAAGGAGCUCGGGCACACCUAGAGGAAAGUUGUUGGCGUUUGUACCCGGUGUGUUAAUACAGAAAUAA